GGGGAACAAACGCUGAACCCUGGAGCGGGGAACAGACCGGCGUGGGCUGGGUGGAGGAGGUGCCCAGGAGGAGGCGUGGUGCCACUGUGCUGAACUGGGGAGCCCAGCAGCAUGUGCUCGAUGCCAAUGCAGUGGCCGUAGGGCUUCAGCUCAACCAGGACGUGCAUCACCGUGCUGGGUCAGAUCCACAGCGGCUCCCCAGUAGGCAGCAGGAAUGGCAGGAGCUCAGGUGGGACUACCGGGACCUUUCCUGGAGCCUCUGGUUAGGACUUGCCCCAUCUCCGACUCUGACUCAGAGGACACAGCUGUGGGUGGCACAGGACCCAAUGCUGCGGCACAGAACUCCUCCCAGGUCAUCCACAGUGGCCACUUCAUGGUGUCAUGCCCGCACAGCGACUCACUGCCCCGGCGACGGCACCACCAUGCCAAGCCCGAGCCAGCUGAUCCCUGGAGUAUCGACCCGACCCUCACCCGGCUCUUUGAGUGCAUGAGCCUGGAGUACAGUGGGAAGCUAGUAUCUCCAAAGUGGAAGAAUUUCAAGGGGCUGCAGCUGCUUUGCUGGGAUAAAAUUCGACUCAACAAUGUGAUCUGGAGAGCAUGGUACAUCCAAUAUGUGGAGCGGAGGAAAAACCCUGUAUGCGGCUUCAUCACCCCUCUGGAGGGCAUGGAGGCUGAUGAGCACCGAAAACCAGAGGCUGUUGUGCUGGAGGGAAACUACUGGAAACGCCGCAUUGAAGUGGUGAUGAGGGAGUACCACAAAUGGAGGAUCUACUAUAAGAAGCGGCUCCGAAAGUCCACACAGGAUGGAGAGAUCUCCAGUGCAAAGACGGAUGAGGAUGCCUGGAGGCCAACAGAGAAAUGGUGCAACCAGCUCUUCUGCAACGUAGUGCCCAUGCUGCUUGGGGAUGAGGAGGAGGAGCAUGGGAGCAGGCAGCAUUUUGAUUUGGACACCUUCCUCUCGGACAUAUCUGACACCCUCUUCACCAUGACACAGAUGCCCAGCACCCACCAGGCACUCCCUGAGGAUGCAUAUGUUGGGAACGCUGACAUGAUACAGCCGGAUUUGGCACCCCUGCAGCCCAGCCUGGAUGACAUGGACAUAUCAGCGGGUGCUGGACUGUGGUGUGAGGCAGAUGGAGAAGUCCUGAAGGCAAAGGCGAGGGAGCAGUCCGGCCCUGUGCCCUGCUGGCACCGUGCUCCAGAAAUCUUCACCAGCCACCGGACACCCCCAUCUCAGAUACAACUGGGCUACCAGGAUUCAUCUUGCUUCUCGCCCAUGGCUGAGCCCCUGUUCAGCAGUGGGGAGUCCCUGAUGGGUGCUCGGGGUCUGCCUGUGAGCCCCGAGGCCCCACUCCUACCUGGCACCCCCCUCCAGCCCAGUGGCGCCUCCCAGCUCAGCUUCCACAGCACCUUCCCGGGCUCUGAGCUGCCCCUGGCCCCUCUGCCCCCUGAUCCCCCCGACGUGGCACCCAGCAGCCUGAGCCCCCAGCUCCGACACAAGCCCAUACUGCAGUACGACUUCCCCGGCAAGUGUCUCAGCCUGGAGCCACCAGCACCCCACUAUGUCCCCCCCAUCCCAUCGCCCCGAGCACCACUGCUGACUCUGGAACCCCCCUUCUCCCCUGCCUCGGUCCCCAACUUUAAGUUUCCCUACAGCAGUUCACCUGACCCCUCGCUUGUCACCCACCCUGCCUCCCCUCUCUCGAGCCCUUGCUUCGCCCCCUACGUCCCAGGGCUGGGCUAUGCCACAGGCAUGGGGCCCCAGGGGUACCCCAGCCCUGCUGCCUCCCAGCUCCUACCUCCCACCCUGCUGGGCAACCCCAGGUUUGCCCCCUGCAAGGGGCUGCCCCAGGGUGGGGGUGGGCGACCCAAGGCAAAACCCAGUGGCACCAAGGCAAGGAGGCUUCAAGGACACGCCCUGUCCCACCUGCCCGCGCCCAACCCCUGCCCGAGCCAGCUCCUGACUACAGCCAAGCAGGACGUGGUGCUGGAUACCCCUCGCCCGAUGGGUGCAGGACUCAUGCCCACAGCCCCUGUCUCCCCGCAGCAGAGCACUGUCCCCAAAGUCCCUGCCACCUUCCUCUCCAGAAUGGCCCAGAUGAGCCCAGGACUGGCUCCUGACUCCAGUCCUUCCCAAGUGCUGUUGCAUACAGUGGACAUGCAGCCGGAUCCCCUGCAAGUCCCUAAGGCAGAGCAGCUGUCCCCCACCUCAGCUUGUGGCAGUGACUGGCCCAAGCCCAGCCAGGCUUCCCCAGGACCCACUGCAAGGCUGGGUACAAGCAUCUCCCCGCACCAGACCAUGUCCCGUCCAGGAAGGCCUGAGUCCAGCAAGCUGGAGAGCCGCCGCAUCACACACAUUUCUGCUGAGCAGAAGAGACGCUUCAACAUCAAGCUUGGCUUCACCACGCUACACAGCUUGGUGAGCACACUGAGUGCUCAACCCAGCAUCAAGGUCAGCAAGGCCACCACCCUGCAGAAGACAGCUGAGUACAUCUGCAAGCUGCAGCAGGAGCGGGCAGCCCUGCAGGAUGAGGCACUGCGUCUGCGGGAGCAGAUCGAGGAGCUCAAUGGCUCCAUCAAUCUGUGCCAGGAGCAGCUGCCUGCCACAGGGGUGCCCAUCACGCGCCAGCGCUUUGACAACAUGCGCAGAAUGUUUGAUGAGUACGUUUGCUCCUCCACGCUGCAGAACUGGAAGUUCUGGAUCUUCAGUAUCAUCAUCCGGCCACUCUUCGAGUCUUUCAACGACAUGGUGUCCACAGCCAGCAUGGAGAGCCUCACCCAAACAUCCCUCGCCUGGCUGGACCAGCACUGUUCCCUCCCAGCGCUUCGGCCAACCGUCCUGAGCUCCCUGCGGCAGCUGAGCAUCUCCACCUCCAUCCUCAGCGACCCGGCCCGUGUCCCCGAGCAGGCGGCGCGGGCAGUGGCGGCGCUGGGACGCCCCGGCGCCUCCUCCUCCACCUGACUGCUCCGGGGGUUCCGGGAUGUCCCACGGGUACCGGCGUGGGGAGCCGGGACUGCACGAGGAGUGUCCCGCCCUGUCCUCCUGCAAUAAAGGACUUGCUGUGCCACGGA